AUGGCUGAUUACACCAAAAAGAACUCAAGAACUAUUCUAGCUUUGAAUCCUACAUUAGGUGAAGAUGAAGAGCAACAAGAUGAUGCUACUGCUGCAGAAGAACCAGCAGCUGACAUCGAGUUGAGGAAGAAGCAUGAGGAGGCUUGGAAGGAAUAUGGCUGCACCAUAAUGUCCGAUGGGUGGACUGACACAAGCCAUCGCCAUCUCAUCAAUUUCCUUGCUAACAGUCCAGCAGGGACUUUCUUUCUAGGGUCUGUUGAUGCUUCAAGUGAGAUAGCAAAUGGACCAUUGUUGGCUGAUUUGUUGGAGAAGCAAAUAGAUAAGGUUGGGAAGGAACAUGUGGUACAGAUUGUCACUGACAAUGGAGCCAACUUCAAGGCUGCAGGGAGGCUUUUAAUGGAGAGGAUCCCACAUCUAUUUUGGACACCAUGUGCUGCCCAUUGCUUGGAUUUGUUAUUAGAGGACAUUGGGAAGAUCAAUGAAUUCAACACUUGCAUCAACAUGGCAAAGAAGGUGUGUAGAUUCAUGUACAAGCAUGGGAGGAUUCUAGAUCUCAUGCGAGAUAAGAUUGGAGGAGAUCUUGUGAGGCCAGCUAUAACUCGCUUUGCCACUUCAUUUCUCACAUUGGCAAGCAUGCAUAAGAACAAGACUGGAUUGAGGAAUUUAGUGGUUAGUGAGGAAUGGCAAGCUACCAAUUUCUCUAGCACUACAGAAGGCCGGCAAGUUGAGAACAUUAUCCUUUCAAUGCCAUUUUGGAAUAAAGUGGAAUUAUGCAUAAGAGCUACACAGCCACUUCUUGUUGCUCUUAGGAUUGCAGAUGGAGAUGAGACACCUGCGGCUCCUGAGAUUAUGGCAGCCAUGGAUCAUGCAAAGGCUGCAAUCAAGGAUUCUUUGAAAGACAAACCAAAUUUACUCAAAGAGGUACUAGAAUAUUUUGACAAGAGAUGGGAAAACCAAAUGGAGCAGCAGUUGUAUGGAGCAGCCCUAUACUUGAAUCCAAGCAAGUACUUUGCCAUAAGGGAAAAAGAUAGGAGACAAGCCACAAAGCUGAGAAUUAUGUUUAAUCAAGUUAUGUGGAAGAUGGUGAGUGAUGAUGAGGACCAAAACAAGAUAAGCAAGCAAGCGAUGACUAUGAGAGUUCUUUGGUGGGGUGCAUAUGGUGGCCUGACAUAUGAACUUCAAUGUUUAGCAAAAAGGAUUGUUAGCCUUUGUUGUUCUGCAUCUGGAUGCGAGCGUAAUUGGAGUGAAUUUUCUACUGAAAAUGAAUGGGUCAAUGACAAUUGUGAACCAAUUCAUGAAGGUGCUGCCAAUGCUAUUACUUGGGCUAAUGUGGAUGAUGCUAUUGGUGCAACUCAGGGUCUAGAGGGCCGUAACUUGCCUAGGGCUGCUGCUGCUCGUACUGCUAUUCCUGUCCCUGUGAGGCGUACUUAUGCUAGGAAGCGUCCAAGGAACACAGUGGCUCAAGAUCUUGAUGAAAUAGAUGAUGAAGAACAAGAUCAGCAAGCUUCCAGCAACAAGUCAGCAAAGGAAUGGAGUUUGGGACAGUUGGACAAUGAAGAAAAGGCAAGAAAACAACUCCCACAAGCCAAGGAAGGCUGCCAAGGGCGCCACCGAUGCGGAGGACUCUCUCCGCCGGGUCAUGCUUUAAAAGCUCAGCAGAGGAGGCAGCAUGCAAGAAGCGGUCCAGCGGCGCUGGCAAAGGCGGCGGCUGCAGAGGAGGCGGCAAGGACAGCGCGGGUGCUGAGGGAGGAGAUUGCAGCAGAGAAGGAAGAAGAGGAGCUGGAGUAUGAAGAAGGAGAGGAGGUCAAGAGCCCGCGCCGGAGGUCUCCAUCUCCGCCAGUCCGCAGGCGUGGCCGCGGUGGUGGGCGUUGGGAGUCGCCUGUGUACGGCAUGUCGUCGUAUCUGAGGGACUUCUCGCAAUGCACGAAUCGGCCGAUGCUGUCCAAAACGAACUACCACGAAUGGAGCCAAGAGAUGAAAUCUGCGAAUGCAGCCCCCGCGAUCUGUGGGACGCAGCUUGAAGGAGAGCGGGUCUCGCUCCGCGACGCAUCGGCGGGCUAUGGAGGCGAUUGUCGCAGCGGUUCCCAAGGAGAUGGGGAUUCCGCCAUCGACAAGCCGGACGGCGGAGGGCGAAGCCAUCGAGGCUCAAGGUUGUUGAUGACCGUGAAGAGCAAGCGCCUACCGAGCCAAUCACCGUCGGCGGCAAGCUCAUGUAUACUGAGGAGCAAUGGCGCGCACGCUGGAAGAAGGAGAAGAAGGGCGGCGGGGAUGAUUCUGCUGGCUCUAGUUCAAAGAAUCAGCGCGGCGGCGGCCAAGGCGGCGGUGGUGGCCGCGGUCGCGGCGGCUGGCGAGGAAAGGGCCGUGGCGGCGGCCGCGAUGGUGGACGCUGUGGCGAUACCUGCCACAAUUGUGGCCAGGAGGGCCACUGGGCAAGAGACUGCCCUCAUCCACGGCGAGACAGAGAUGGUGACCGUGAUGGUGGCGGUGACCGCGGCGGCGGACGGGGCAGAGGCCGUCGUGGCGGCGGCCGCGGUGGCAAUCAAGGCCAGCACGCUGGUGGCCGAGGGGGCGCAGGCGGCGGUGACGGCGGCCACAAUGGCCGUGUGCAGUAUGCAGAAUGCGAGGAUGAUGGGGCUCUGUUUCUGGCGCAUGGGCUCGUUGAUCUUGAUAAGUGCGCGCCGGCAUACACCUAUGCUGCUCAAGAGGUGA